AUGCUUGCGAAUUAUCUGACAUCACCUCAGCCUCAAUCCUCUUCUUCACCAUCAUUAUUCUGCCCAACUAUAUUUCGUGUACGUCGAAAACGAACUGCUGAUCCACAUGAGGCUUUGGUCAUUUCAUUGAAGCGCGCAAAACAAAUGCCAGCGAUGGCAGAACCGAUCAUUUGUUUUCGAGCUUCAGCAACUGACUUAGAGCUGGGAUUCAAUAGUGCUAUUAAUUCACAACAUUUCAACAUCAUCGAUUUGGAUCCACAUCAGGACACUGUGAAUACAAAAAGAACACCACCAGCCAACACUGUCGAAGUAACAGAGAAUAGUGAUAGUAAGAGCGAUGUUUCAUUUAGCAAUCCUUUGGAAUUUAUGAAAGAUUUUGUGGAAGAACCAUCGUCCAACAUCAAGAUAAUUGGUAAAGCAGGCAUCAUCAAAUCCAGUCAAAUAACAUUAAAUGGAGAGCCUCUGGUUACGUUAAGUAGUCAAGAUGAUGAAGACUUCAUUUUCGAUUAUUAUUGGAGUUCCAACGCAAAUGGGUGUACGGCUUAUCAAAUUCGAGAUGUUCGCUUAGCAAAUGCUGAUGAUUUAUUGUGUGAUGGUGAAGAUACAGAAAGUAGUGCAGAAGAAGAUGAUGAGGAUUCGAAUGACGAGAACAAUUGGCGUAAUGAUUACCCUGAUGAAUCCGAGCAUACUUCUGGUUGUGGUUCGGACGAAGACACAGCAUCAGAUGGAUUUGAUGAUUAUGAAGACCUGGAAAAACAUAUUGGUGAAAUGGGUUUCUGUGAUGAAGAGGAUAGUGAUGAUGCAAAUGACUGA